UUGGAACGCAACCAAAACGCAACUCGGAGUCCCGGACGAGCGCUGUCAUAUUCAAAUUUGAAAUCGUCAGUGUAAUAUGUCAAAUUGUUGUCAUUAAGUACUUCAAAUGAAACAAUCAAGUGUCCUGUUUCUUUUGUAAGGAAUAAAUUAGAUCGUUAUUUUACUAGCGUUCUUAGUGGAGAUUUUAUCCUGAAAAUUAACAUAAUAAACGAUAUGAGAUAUUCAUAAAUCUUAGGCUGAUCAUAAGCUUUUUUGUGCAAAGUAAAGCAGGUUGAUUACCAACCAACGCACUAGUAGGCAAAUCUCGACCCCAGAUAAUUUUUAUGGAUUUAUUCAAACAGGAUAUGAAGGGUCCUACAAGGCCUGCACCAACUGUGCCUCAGUUGAGGGUCAAUCGAUACUCCCCUGUGACUAAUUGGAAUGAUGACCCGUUUGGUGAUGUAUUCGAACCUACACCACAAUAUCAGAAAAAAGUGCCUCCACCACGUCCUCCUCCACCGAGAGUUAAACAUCCACAAGUUCCUGCAAAGCCAUCACAUUUCAUAAGGAAACCAACUGUACUCACUUCCUUAUUGUCACGCAAAAAAGCUGCAGCAAAUAAUUCAAAUAACAGCAAUACCAUCAACCGACAAACACCAUUAAAUGAGUUUGGUUUUGAGGUAGAUGCAAAUAGAGUGUUUCCUAAAUGUGAGCCAAAAAAUAUACAAACUGGAACACUUAUAGACUUCUCGUCCCCACCAAGUUCUCCAACAUUUACAACCAGAUCAAGCAGUGAUGGUCUUAGUGUAGACAGUUUUGGGUCAGAUGCUACAUCAUCAACAAAUCACCCCAAUGCCAAUAAUGGUGGGAAUGCAUCACAAGGUGAAAGUGGCUUUGAAGAUGAUUUUGAUUUAUUUUUAAAUUCUAGAAAAACAAUUGCCAAAGAGGAUACUUUAGAAGACUUCACUGCUGUCGAUCCUUUUUCACCACAGCCACCAAUCAUAGUUAAGCCACCAAUAAUGCAGAAACCUGUGUUUAAUAAGGAUUUAUAUGAAGCAAAAGUGACUAGCAAACAUACUUCUGCUGUAGCUAAUGUGAAGGGGCCAACGAUAAUAAGAGCCAAACCAGCUAGGCCAAAGCCACCAGACAACUCUGCUUUAUUAAAGAAUACAUUUAGUAACAGUUUCUCUUCUACACUCAUGAAUGUCAACACUACUGCCCCAAUACAAAAAAUAGGAGAUGGCUUUGGAGAUAACUUUGAUUCGAAGCCAUUGAGUUGGGAGAGUUCUCCAGAGCGGGAAUCGUCACCGCCUAUGCCCUCUAUACCACCUCCGCCUCCGCCGCCUAUUUCUGAUGAGGAUCUGCCGCUUGAGUGGCCCGAAGACGCCGAUGUCGUUGGGGAAUUCAAUGCAGAACCGAACUUAUAUGAGGAUGAAACAGGACCUUACGGAAUCGCUCUCUUUGACUACUUUACCGACCAUCCGGAAGACCUUUGCUUUUCAGCUAAAUCCAAGAUAAAGCUGAUAAGGCGGGUGGACACUGACUGGCUGUACGGUAGUGUUCGCAGCGGUGCUGAAGGUAUAUUCCCCUCUAACUAUGUGGACAUUAAGGUGCCUCUUCCGAACGAAGCUGUGGCUGCUCCAUCUGUACUCGGUGUCGCCAAAGCCUUGUACGAUUUCGAACCAGCUCAAGCAGGCGACCUCAAGUUUCAAAUCGGCGACACUAUCACGGUCCUAUACAAACUCAGUGAUGAAUGGUACUUCGGUCAGUGUAACGGUAUCAAAGGACAAUUCCCCGCCAAUUACGUCCAAAUGUGCUAACCGUAACUCUAGCCCCAAUUUAAACUGAUAUUACUUGCCGUCUUGGGUAUAUAUUAAACUAUAUAUAUGCUAAGUAUGUGAUAUAUCUACUGCACUCCAAGACUGAUGUCCUAUCGUAAAUUGCUGCCGUACGAUUUUUUAACGUACAAAUUGAUAUGGCACGCAAUUUUAUAGCCAGUAGUGAUUUAGCCAAUAAUCGGUUCAAUUUAUGAUUCCAAUUUAACAUGAUGAAUAAAUUUUACAACGAUCUUUGUGUAGUUGAUUUCAUAUUCUACAAAUGGUACUUUUGAGGCCAUGAAGACGUGUACAAUUAGACAAUUACUAAUUUUGUAUCAUUCACCGUUGAUGCCAUAAUAAAAUAAGUAGUUAAACAGUGAUAAGUUAGUCAUUUUCGACGACGCCUCGGCAAACGUUAUUUGUAUAUUCGAAAUAUUGCAAUAAUGCGACUGAUUGUAAAUAUUAGUGCGGCCAAGAAUAUGCGACGCCUCUGCAGAGUAUUAAUAUAUAAUUUAGUAGGUAAUGGUUGUGUAAUAUUUUUUUGUAUUGUAAAGUCUUUUUUUAUUCGAUCUGAAAUUUAGUCUGUAGGGUUCAAUUUGUUACUUAUCUUUGAGAUUGCUAGGACAAGUCAGUAUAGC